AUGGGUCUAUUCGGUGGCAGCAAGUGGAACCCGGCAGGCAAGCACUGCUAUGUAACGGGCGGUAGCGCCGGCCUCGGCUUGUCGUUAGCCGUGUUAUUGGCUUCGCACGGUGCGCACGUCUCUAUCGUGGCUCGAGACUCGCGCAAGCUGCAGGAUGCUCUCGGUAAAGUUGAAAGCGCCCGUGUUUCGAAUGACCAAGUCUUCCGGCAGCAUUCGUUCUCAGUCGGGACGGCAGAGGGAGCCAGCGCCGCUCUGCAGGCAGUCAUGGACGUACAUGACGGUCUGACCCCGGACGCUGUCUUCUUGUGCGCUGGGAAGAGUACCCCGAAGUUCUUCGUUGAGAUGACGGAACAGGAUCUCACGGAAGGAAUGACAAACGGGUAUUGGGUGCAGGCAUGGACCGCCUGGGCAGUUACAAAGAAGAUGGUAGAACAGCAGCGAAAGGGCAAGAUCUGCUUUGUUUCUUCCACUCUCGGUUACAUGUCAUUUAUUGGCUACGCGUCGUACUCACCGCCAAAGCAUGCUCUCCGAGGUCUCGCCGACACCCUGCGGUCUGAGCUGAUACUGUACGACAUCGACGUGCACAUCUUCUUCCCUCCGACCAUGUUCACACCAGGAUACGAAGAGGAAAACAAGACCAAGCCAAAGAUCACCCUCAAAAUUGAAGAGGAUGACUCGGGUCUGCAACCGAAUCAAGCUGCUGCAGGGCUUUUGAAAGGUAUCCAAGCCGGUCACGCACAUAUCACUGCGGACUUGAUCACGGAUCUCUUCCGCUCGUCUACGCGCGGAUCCGCACCGUACCAUAACUUCAUCUACGACUCGCUCCUGGACGCCGCUGCUCGUAUCGGCUUACCAUUCUGGCGGUCCCAAACGGAUGGUCUCAUCCGCAAGCACAAAGCCGAGCACCAGCAGUACCUCAAGCAGCAAGGCUUCCCGCUUCGUUGA